UUAUGCAGAAAGGUCAAGGCCGAAAAUCGAGAAUGGCGGACCGACUAACGCAGUUGCAAGAUGCAGUUAAUCAAAUGGCAGACCAUUUCUGUAACAGUACUGGAGUCUUACAGCAGUGUGCACCACCAAGUUCAUUCCCGGGAUUUGAGAAAUCUGGGCCCAAAUCACCAGCAAUACAGCAGGAAGAUUAUGCUGCAUUGUUUGCCAAGUUGAUAGCACGGUGUGCCAAAGAUGUUGAUGUGUUGAUCGAUUCCCUGCCCAGUGAGGAGUCUUCUCCAGAAUUACAGAUGGCCAGUUUGCGGCAGUUAGAAAUUGAGAACCAGGAAGCUGCUAAGAAGCUAGAGAACGUGGUGGAGAAGGGAGAGGCAUUACUGCAGCAGAUAGAACAGGCCCUUCAUGCCAUUGCCCAGGCACAGCUCCAAAGUCAGGCCCUGGAAAAUGGACAGUGACACAGGUGUUAUCAUCCAGGUUUACUGCUGAUGGAAAUAGCCAUGUUACUUACAGAUCCUGGUAGUAAAACCAUAUUGGCAUAUCCAGGCCCUGGAAAAUGGACAGUGACACUGGCGUGAUCAUACAGAUUUACUCCUAAUGGACAUAUCCAUGUUACAGAUCCUGGUAGUAAAACCAUAGUGACAUAUCUAGGCCCUGGAAAAUGGACAGUGACACAGGCGUGAUCAUCCAGGUUUACUGUUCAUGGAAAUAUCCAUGUUACAGAUCCUGGUAGUAAAACCAUAGUGGCAUGUCCGUUCCCUGGAAAAUGGACAGUGACACAGGCAUGAUCAUCCAGAUUUACUGUUGAUGGAAAUGUUGCUCUAUAGCCCAGCCAUGGGAAAUGGACACUGACAUGAGUAAAUGGAUCCUUCUGUAGAUCAACUUUUGGUGGAAAUAUUCACAUUUGUAUCUACUAGUUAGGGUUUUCCAUUUCACUCAUCCAAUCUGAUGUACAAGGGACCUGGAAAUUGGGACAGCCACAUCAGAGCUGUGGUCAAGGCUGUUGAGUGAGACAUCCAUGCUCCGGGUGUAUACUCCACAACACAAGGAAAUGACGAGUGAGACACUACACAAACAGUUCUUAUCAGGCUGUUCCUGAAGGAUGAUAUUACAGGUCCUGGGCUUGAAGAGCCAUCGCACGGGAAAAGUGACAGAACUUGACACGCUGACACUGCAGAUGGCGAAUGUCAUACAUGUAGGUCUCCCACCAUUAUGCUGGCUGCCUUUGUAUAUGUGAAAUAUUCUUCAGCACAGCGUAAAACAGCCUAGUCACAGUACCCUGGAAGAUGGACAGUGGUCAUGGUGGUAUCGGUGCAUUAAUCCAGGCACAAACAGUGAAAUCUGCCUGAACUAAGCCAGAAGUGAAAAAUGCUAAGCACGUGUGUGUUGUCACAUGUUAGCUUUGUCUGAAGGUGAUUAUUGUACAUGUAUAACUGUAUCUCCAACAGACAAGAAUCCACAUGUAUGGGAUAAAUAUCUCGAAUGGGAAUCCAUUCCCAUAUACAACGUCUCACUAUUCAGUUUUUCCACAGAGGUGUUUAUGCACAAGCUGCUGAUAGUCAUCUAUUAAGUUAAUAAAUAUCAAGUAUCUAAAAAAAUA